GAGUUUAGUGCCCUAAGGAUUGCUCACAAGACAGUCAGUGAUCUGCUAACAACCGUUUAACACUGCAGAGCCCCAGACGCGGCGACAGACUGGGAAGAACGACUCAAUCUGGAUGAGAUCAUUAUUGAGAUACUUCAUUUAAAAGGUUAUAUCGAUCGAAACGGAACGCUCAUCAUAGCCGCAGUUUAAGAUUUCCACAUUUUCUCACCGGUUCACCAAGUCUCCAGGAGAGGCAUCCCGUUACGCACAACUUUUACGCACAACCAAGGACCUGCCGAUGAGCGCAUUUUCGACGCACUGUUUUUGUUACCUGCAGCGCGGACUACAGUACAACUUACACUCUGACAGGUGUGAUUAUGUUAAGUGCGUUAAACCGCAGAAAUGGAUGAAACGAUCCGCUCCAUAGCCUGCUGAAGCGAAAACCAAACCACAGACACUGGGAACUUGUCUGGAACAGCGAGCUUCGUCGGGUGCCAAAAUGAGCCUUUAUUAUCAGAGCUGCAGGAUCUUACAGAUAGUGUUGGCAACAAUCACAGCGGUGCUCACACAAGACAUAAGCAGUAAAGAGCUGGCAGACAGUAAGAACCUAGUGCCUUUUCCAGUCUCCUUGCCAAUCAGCUAUGAGGUCCGUGAUGCCGACUACCUUUUCCUAAAAGAGGCUGGGCAGGACUUCAUGAGGAACUCCAGCACACAGAGUCACACGCAGCCCUUUGUUAUCUUAAGAGCCAGCCGCCAGCCAGCUGUCAGCGCCAGCUAUGGCACUAUGUACACAGAGCAGCUUGUGCCUCCAGAUCUGGUCCAAUCUGUGCAACUCUUCAACGCUCCGGAGGUCUUUACCUUUAACUGGAAAAUCCAGGCCUUUGUGCUGACCCCCAGGGUGUUCUCCUCCAAGCCUAAAGUACGGGUACUCUUCUAUGUGGCUGGGAGAGACUGGGGCAGAGGGGAGGGCACGCUGGAUGAGUUACCAUGUGUGACAGUGUUUGCUUUCUGGCAAACCCAGGAGGUUAGGGGCUCCUGUGCCAUGGGAGGUGAGAGGGGGACCUGCAUGGCUGAGCUAGCACCUGCACUAGGUUGGUUUGCUCCGGGGUCAGAGGGCACGAGCAGGGAGAGGCAGGACCCAUCUGCUGGGAACCCCGUGGAGCUGUACUACCAGGCUCAGCCUAAAGUUAAUGGGAAGUGUAAUUCCGUGGAUGGCAGUCGAUGGGGCAGCUCACAGCAGCAGGCUGAGUAUGUUCCUGUCACCCCCAUGCAGAGGAUUGGCAGCGUUCGUCUCCUGCAGGUGCCCAAAGGAAUGGCAACACUUUCUCGGCUGAAGCUUGGCAAUGCCAUUGUUAUACGGACAUCCUCCAAACCACUGAAGAAGACUGACAUCGCCACCUUCUACAUACUCAUGGCCAGCUCUGCUCAACUCACCAACUUCACUCUCAAAGCGACAGUAAAGAAAGGUGUGACCUUUCGAACAGCGACACCCAGUAACUCUUUACUGUGGGACAUCACUCUGGACAUGGGUGCAGAUGGAGCCAUUGCUGUUGUUUGUCAAAGGAAGGCCCCCAUACCUGGAAAGAGACUUGAAAGCAGCCUGUUGGAGAUACUUCAGAUGGACUUUGAGGUAGAGGAGCUGAGCAGUCCUCUUGAUAGUCAGGUGAUUAUUUGGAAGCUGGAGCUACCGUUAGGAUCCAAAAACGUAGCCAAGACUGAAGGAGCCAUGAGGAUCUAUACCACUCAGAGAGACUUCGUUGGCCUGGCCCCUCUGGUGAUGGACACAGAGCUUCUCAACACAGCUGUUCUGACUGGAAAGAAGGUGGUGACGCCUGUGAGGAUAGUCGCAGUAGAGGAAGAUGGAGUGGUGACUGACGUGUCCGACUACACCGACUGUUCUUCCACCGAUGAAGACAUACUCAAGGUUUCAGACAGGUGCGAUUAUGUGUUUGUGAAUGGAAAGGAGACAAAAGGGAAGUUGAAGAUGAUGGUGAACUUCACCUAUAGCUACCUGAGUGCUCAGCUGGAAAUGAAUGUGUGGAUGCCCCGACUCCCACUUCAGAUUGAGGUGUCAGACACAGACCUAAGCCAGAUCAAAAGCUGGAGGGUACCGAUAUUGACAUCCAAGAGACCUGGUUGGAACAGUGAAGAAGAGGACAGAAAGGGGAAGGGCUGCAUGCUACAGUUUCAGCACGCCAUGGUGCGAGUGCUAACCCAUUUUGUAGCUGAGCAGGAAGACCCUCGGGAUCCUAAGGCCUACUUCCUGGGCUCUGAUUGGCAGGUGGAUGUCACAAGGCUAGUUAGAUAUUUCAUGAAGGUGGAGGACCCACGUGUAGCAAGACUACAGGCAGGAAGGGUGCUACAAGGACGAGACCUAGGGACAACCACAAUCCAGGUGUUUUCUCCACUUUCUGACACAAUCUUGGGUAAGACACCAAUUCAGGUUGUGGAUGAGAAGGUGACCAUCACUGAGUUGGGGGUUCAGGUGGUCACAGGACUCUCCAUGACGCUUCAGCUCAGUCCUGGAAGCAACAAGGCCAUCCUCGCUACAACAACCACGCAAGAAAUUCUACAGAGCCCCAGACAGAAAGCUUUCAUCAGUGCCUGGGUGCAGUUCAGUGAUGGCAACCAGACACCUCUCGAUAUUUAUGAUCCUGCCUUCUACCGUUUGACGGCGACAUCUCUCGAUCAGGGUGUGGUGUCAGUGCAGGGCACGCCUCAGGCUGUGGUUGCGGAAGGAGAAGGUGAGGGUGGGCUGGUCAAAGUGGAACUGUCCAUCUGUGAAGCCUGCCAAAAGUCCAAACGUAAAAGCACUGUGGCUGUAGGCAAUGGGAGCCUUAAGGUCAAGUUUCAGGUGAACAGUCGGCGCCCAGACAAUAAUUCCAGCUCUGACGGCAGCAAUGUUGGUAGCAAGGACAAAGGCAGUGACUACGGGAAUGAUGGUGAGGGUGCAGAUAGUGAGAAGAAAUUGAGGAUACCAUCUAGGGAUCCACCUGCAAGCUCAGAAAGAGAGGAGGGUGCAAUGCAGAAAAUCACAACCACUGUUAAAUCUACAGAACGCACUUACAUAACUAGCGGCAGCCUUGGAGGAGUUGGAAAGACCAGCAAUUCUGGAAACCCUGGUAGUCCUACCAGCAUGGUCAACGUCAACAUGAUGAGCAGCCCCAGUGAAAGCAGCAAAGGAUAUGAUUCAGACAAUAUGAUAGUAGAGGACAUGGGCAGUGUUAGCCUCACUAGCACUGUGAAGGCACCUGGUAACUUGGUGAACUAUAACAACUUCCCUACCAAGGUUGAGGUGCCUGGGAGGGAAUCAGUGGAGGUGGAAAUUGGUGGUGAGGAGUUGUUGGCCAACAGGCCUCUCACAGACUUGGAGAUUGGGAUGUACGCUUUGUUGGGUGUCUUUUGCCUGGCCAUCCUGGUGUUUCUGGUCAACUGUAUCUCUUAUGUUGUUAAGUUCAGACACAAGAAGCCCCCUUCUCAUAACCAGGAGCCAACAGGACAUAGACAUGAUUGGGUGUGGCUUGGCACAGAUGCUGAGCUAGUGAUGAGCGUGCCAGGCAGUCCAAUCCAACAAGACUCCCAAACUACAACCACCGUGAUAGACAUUGUGCCUGAUAAAACUGCCUCUCUGUCUAGAAGGCCCAGCUGCCUGGCCUCUGUUACAGACUCUCCCAUUAGCUGUGUGGGCUCCCUCAGGAGCAAACCUAUGCACACCGAGUCCCUCCAUUCACCCACCAGUAAGAGAAAGAGAGUCCAGUUUACCACCUUCUCCACACUGGAGCGCCAGCAUUCACCACAUCUCCCAGCAAGGGAGAAUGGUGAUGGAAUCCACUGGGUUGGGAAGGAGGACAGUUGUGAGGAGGAACCCCAAGUGCCCAUCACAGAGCCUGGGGACCAGUUGUAAUACAGAACCUGUUCAGACCUCACAUGUACAGACGAUGUGGCUUUGAUCACCUCAAUGCCUUUGUUAAAUCCAAAAACUUUCAAGAAUAUGUGAUUUUGGAAUCAUCAAGCCCCAUAUUUCAUAAUUAUCAAGGCCUUUUACAUGUACAUGUACUGUAUAUUACUGUUAAUACUGGUGAAUGAAUGAGUAUGGAGAGCGUGGUUGAAAAGUAAGACUCUUCUUUAUACAAAGCCACCAAAUGUUGAUGCUGCAUGCAAAUAUCUAAAUCUAAAUUUCUGCACUUGCAAGAUGGUAAAUAUAGUGCAGUCAACACUGAAAAAGCAUCCAAAAAUAAAAAUACAAUAUAUAUUUAUUACCAGUUAACACACAGAACAGAGGUGUACUGAUAUGGGUGUUAUCACAAAUGUGGCUUUCAUUAAUCAUGAUAACCCAAAUAGAUGUUUGACAAUUAUUGGAAAUUCCUACCAGGGGCCCAAAACAUUCAAGAGAUAAAACCUUUUACUUUGUAAUUUUAUGUUGAUCUAUGUUUUUUUUCAUUAAACACACUAUGAUCUUGUAUAUUGUUAAUUUUUAUUUUUUUUCUCCACAAGGCAUAUUGCAAAUGCGUUAUAUGUUAUAUAUUUGCAAAAUUCCCUUUAAAAAUAUUACACAGCCAAGUAAAAUUUAAAGAGCAUUUGACAUAACAGUAAAGUAAGUACUGUACAUUAACAGCAAAUGUUCAUUAAACUGUCCAGACCCAAGG